CUCUUUAUUUCUCCUCAGCUCUUUCGAGAGGUACGGAUCAUGAAGGGCCUCAAUCACCCAAACAUAGUUCAGCUCUUUGAAGUGAUUGAGACGGAGAAGACGCUUUACCUUGUGAUGGAAUAUGCCAGUGGUGGUGAAGUAUUUGACUACCUCGUAUCCCACGGGAGAAUGAAGGAAAAGGAGGCGCGUGCUAAAUUCCGGCAGAUCGUGUCUGCGGUUUAUUACUGUCAUCAGAAGAAUAUUGUUCACAGGGACCUGAAGGCGGAAAACCUCCUGCUUGAUGCAGACGCCAACAUCAAGAUUGCUGACUUUGGCUUCAGUAAUGAAUUUACGCUGGGCAGUAAACUGGACACGUUCUGUGGCAGCCCCCCUUACGCCGCCCCAGAGCUCUUUCAGGGGAAGAAGUAUGAUGGGCCAGAGGUGGACAUCUGGAGUCUGGGAGUUAUACUGUACACGCUGGUCAGCGGAUCACUGCCCUUUGAUGGACAAAACCUCAAGGAGCUGCGUGAGCGUGUGUUGAGGGGGAAGUACCGUGUGCCAUUCUACAUGUCUACUGACUGUGAGAGCAUCCUGCGCCGGUUCCUUGUGCUCAAUCCCACCAAGCGCUGCACCCUGGAGCAAAUCAUGAAGGAUAAGUGGAUGAAUGUCGGGUACGAAAACGACGACCUGAAGCCUCAUGUAGAGCCUGUGGAGGAUUAUAAUGACAGCAGCCGUAUAGAUGUGAUGGUAGGAAUGGGUUACUCCCGUGAUGAAAUCAAAGAUGCCUUGAGCACACAGAAGUACAAUGAGAUAUUUGCCAUGUAUCUGCUGCUAGGCCGCAAGAAUGAGGAUGGCAUGGAGUCCCGCUCGAGCAGCAGUUUGUCUCUAGCACGGGUGCGGCCCAGUCCCAUCACUAAUGGCACCAGCAAACACUCCUCCACCUCCUCGUCCAGCUCCACCUCUGCCUCCAGUCACACUAAACCCCAGCGCAGUGCCUCCACCUACCACCGCCAGAGGAGGCACAGCGACUUCUGUGGGCCAUCAGUGCCAGUAACCCACCCCAAGCGCAGCCCCACCAGUACAGGAGAGGGGGAACUAAAAGAGGAGCGUCUGCCCUCGAGGAAGGCCAGCUGCAGUGUGGUGGGCAGUCGUAGCAUCCCCCCGUCGAGCCCCAUGGUCAGCACAGCCAACAACCCCAACAAAGCUGAGAUCCCUGACCGCCGCAAAGACAUCAAUGCAACAACGAACAACAUCCCUGCCAGUACCAUGACCCGUAGGAACACUUAUGUAUGUACGGACCGUACGAGCACUGACAGACACACCUUACUACAGAAUGGGAAAGAGAACAGCUCUUUGUCACAUCGAUUACCUCCAGCCUCCCCGUCCACCCACAGCAUCUCCGGGGCUGGGGCCUCCAGCUCCACAUCUUCCGAGCGUUCUCGGUUGACGAGGGGCUCCACAAUCCGCAGCACCUUCCACGGGGGCCAGCUCCGGGACCACCGGCCUCCCACCCACGCACCCCCCACCUCACCCACCCUCUCUCACGAAGCCAGCCCUCUGCCACACUCCCGUAGCCGUGCCACCACAAACCUGUUCUCUAAGCUGACCUCAAAACUUACCCGCAGGGUCAAUCUUGACCCCUCUAAGCGCCAGAACUCAAACAAGUCAGUCUCGGGCUGCACUCUGCCACAGGGAUCAAAAACAGUUAGGUCACAGACGAACCUGAGAGAGUCUGCAGAUCUCCGGUCACAAGCUACAGAUACAACUACAAAAAGUCAGGCUAAAAAAUACAGUCGCUAUCUAUCUGGGUAUCAAAAAGCGACAGAGCCCCGGACCCCCCGAUGCGGCUGGGAUGUGAAGGUGCGGAGCCCGCGGGACCCGGCUGAGGUAGUUUUGGCUCUGCGGGAGGCAGCGCAGGGCUGCGGUUGCCAGGUCCACCAGGCCGGGCCCUUCCUCCUCUCCUGCACCCACGGAGCUGCUGGCUCCCGAGUUGCCUUCGAAGCAGAAGUGUGUCAGCUGCCCAACGGCCCCGCCAAUACCAGCGGUGUUCGAUUUAAACGCCUGUGGGGGGCACCGCUUGCCUUUCGGGACAUUGCCACCAACGUGUCCAAAGAUAUCGAACUCUGAGGGCAACAGGGGGUGGAGGGCAGGGACAAAAGCAUUGGACAGAAAGAUGGGAUGAGUGGACGUAGCCCCGCCCACACCCCCGCCCCCUCUAAGCCUACAAAGACUGGCACACAUAAAUUGAGAACUGGGCACCUGCUCACACAAAAGCUCUGCUGAAGGAACUCCCUUUUCCAGGUCUGUUUUACCGCUAAUUUUACCUGGUAUCUUAGCCAUGUUUUUUUUAACACCCAUUUUUUGUGACGUGUUCACUCUGUACAUUGUCAUUCCUUUUUAACUGCUGCUAUUUAACACAUUUUUUGAUUUCUAUUCUUCCACUUUGCCAGCAAGAAGAGUAUGUUUUAUUUUAUCCUUGUUUAAAUAACCAUAUUCACAAAAAACACGUAUGAAAGCCACACUAUUUCAUACCGUAGACAACAUGCAGAGCCGCUGACAAUGCAAAUGCUGAAAAUUAUAGCAAUUUCUCCUCAUUUUUGAAUGAUUUUGUUUGGUUGUCAAACUUGCCAGUGAUGCAGGUUGAGUAGGUUAUGUCUGCUUUCCUGAGCCUCAUUGUUUUUAGGUUCGUCACAUUACAUGGUCACACCGUCUGAGUGAGCAACAUCACCUGUUUAAAAGCAGUUCUCCCUUCAAAUGGUGCAAUUUAUCCCAUUGAGCCAAGUCAAGACACAAUGCUCUUUGUGUUGCUCUUGUAUGUGUUACGCUGAUGAGAAACCUCUGUUAUCUUGCCAGAAGUGCACUCUGCUGAAUGACCACAAACAGACUGUUGACUUUGUUUAUCUCGGAUUUGACAUAGUAAGUCCUCAUCGUAAAGAUUGGAAUAUGUCUGAGCUGUGCAAUGUGUGAAAAUGCAAGAAUGAUUAAUACAACAUUUGUCUGAAA